AUGAAUGAACCAAUGAUCAGUAGAACUACAAGACAAUCAACUAUCAUCAACAACAACAACAACAACACUCCAAGAAGGUCAACUGCAAGACCACCUCCAACUCUACUUCCUACCAUACCAAGACCAAAAUCAUCAACUCCAACACCCAAUCCAUUCAAUCAACAACAACAACAACAACAACACUUUUAUCAUCAUCAAUCUAAUCAAAUCAAAUCAAAUCAAAUCCAUCAAUCAAACAACACUUUACCAUUUCAAAAACUCAAUGCUGCACUCAAUGGAACACCACAUUAUCUUGAUCAACCAGGUCCACAAAACCGGAUUCUACUUUCAAUCAAAUCAGGUAUUCCAGAAGAGAUCGAUUAUGGAUUAGAAAUCUUAUUAGCUGGAUCAUUUUAUGAACCUGAAUGUAUUCAAUUAUCAAGAUUUCCAGGUUUGAUCGAAAGUCUUUUAUCAUUAAUCGAUCAAUAUCCUUCUACAUUCGAUGGUUCAUUUCAUCAUCAAGAAAAACAAGAACUUUGUCGUAGAUCAAUCGAAGCUAGUUUGAUUUUAAGAAAUUUGAUUUUAAUCGAACCUUUUCUUAGAUUGAUUUCAUCUAAUCCUAAAUUACCUUUAGUCUUAUUAAACGGAUUAGAAAAAUCUCAUGUAGAAGUAGAUCAAGAGUUUUUAAGUUUAUUACUUGAGAUCUUAGAAAGUGCUGCUACUCAUGGGAUCUCACUUGAUCAACCUUUGAAAGGUUCUUCUAACACUUCAACCAUUCGAUUCCCACGUUCAUCUUUACCUGUACGACUCUCAUCAUCGAUUCAUGAAAGUGAUCCUUCAAGUUCGAAUCCGACGAUCAAUCGACCACCUCAAUGGGCUCAAGAUUUGUUUGCAAGAUUAGAUACCCUUACGGGAUGUGAUGAUCGGAAUCUAAUCUUAGGAGCCUAUAGAUGUUUAGCAGCUUUUGGAAGAUUAGCACAUAACCAAGCAACCUUGGGAAUCUUAACAUUAGAUUAUUUGUAUCCAAGUCCUUGUUUGAAACCGAAUUGGCCUACAUCGAUUUCCAAAGGGUUUCAAUUCUUAGCUUUACCUGAUUACGAAAUUCUGAUCAGUUUAUUAGAUUAUCUUUAUUCGAUCACUUCUAAUUCUACGAUCAGUUUGACGAUUUGUUCGGAUUUUCAUUCGAUCGAAUCCAUCACUAAAUUAUUGAUUUCUCACAUUCAACAUCAAUGUAAAUUCGAAUUAGGUCCUACUCAAUCUUUACCAAUCCCUUCAUCUCAAUGGUAUUAUGAAAGACCUAAAGCUAGCAUACCUAAUCAAUCUAUCAAAUCAAAUCCUCAGAAUCCUAAUCAACUUCAUGAUCCUAAUCAGAGAGGUCCACCACAAACUCCAACGAUGACAGAAGUACACAAGAUCUUAUUAGAAGAUUCUGAAAUCGGGAACUUAGCCUUCACACCUGAACCUAAACGAGCCAGAGAUUGGAUGUUAAGAGUAUUCGAAUCCGAUCCGAAUGGAGAAGUUCAACAAGUCACACUUUGGUUAGCAUACAAAACUCAAUUUGAAGCUUAUCUCAACAAACCAGCACCCAAUCUAGAUCCUUCAACUCAAUCAAAUCUUCUCAAUCAUCCUCCUCAUUCCAUGAUCGCUCCGGCCGAAGCUAUUAAAUUGACUUCUGAAGUCUUUCGUACGGCUUGUCCUAGUGUACAAGAAGUGCCCAAUGGAGAGAAACGGUUUAUUAUCAAAGGCAUCAAAGCACGUGAACGAAUUCCUCCGAGUGAUUUGUUGGGUUGUAAGUGGGAUGGAUGUAAGGAAUCAUCGAUUUCAGGAGGACCUAUAGAAGUAUACAAACAUGUGAUUUUGACCCAUUUAUCAGCCCAACCUGAAGAACCAGCGCCUCAACCAGAAUCAGAACCAGUGCCUCCACCCGAACCCGAACCAGCAACUAAUCCAUUCCAAUGUAAAUGGCAUACAUGUCAAACUCCCAAACCGAAUCUAAACGAAUUAAAAUCCCAUCUGUCAACCCAUUUAAUUUCGAUUUCUAAACCGAUGUUAGGAAUCGACCCACAAAUCAAUCGAAAUGAAAAAGUCAAAUUUGAAAGUUUUCAAACUUUUAAUCGAUCUACUCCACAUGGAGAUCCAGAAGAACAUGGAGCGAUUGGGAUUGGAUAUCUUUCUAUUUUGGUACUGAGGAAUUUAAUUAAAUCGGUUUCUGAACAAACUGUUUUGAAAAACCCAGAAGCAGAAGAAGUAGUAGGGAAUGGGGAGGGGGAGGAAGAAGAGUUGUUGGGAUUAAACGUUUUGAAUGGUGGGUAUGGAAAACUUGAGAAUGAGAUUCUGGUUUGGGCUUUAGAGGAUCGAUGGGUUUCGGGAGUGGCUUGUGAGGUUUUGGGUUGGUUGGAUUUGGUUUAUAAACGAAUGGAGGUGAAACCUAUUGGAUUAGAACCAUAG